AUGAAGAAAUUAUAUUAUAUUUUAAUUUUAAGUGCUCAACAUUUUAUAUCCCUUAGUAAAUGUUGGAAAACCAUAAAAAAUGAAAAAACAUCCUCAAAUAAUUCUUUAGAUAAUGGAACAGUGGUAGAAAGAAGUAAAAAUGUAGAAAAUCCAUGGAAAAAUUUUAUGAAAAAGUUUGAUAUAGAGAAAAAUCAUGGUUCAGGUGUAAGAGUUGAUUUAGGUGAAGAUGCAGAAGUUAAACAUAAAACAUAUAGAUUACCUGCAGGUCAAUGUCCAGUUUUUGGAAAAGGUAUAACGAUAGUUAAUUCAACUAAAAGUUUUUUAGAUCCAGUAGCUACUGGAGAAAAUAAAAUAAAAUCAGGAGGAUUUGCUUUUCCUGAAGCUACAGAAAAAAUAUCUCCAUUAUCUAUAGACGUUCUUAGAUCACAAUAUAAAGAUGUACAAGAACUUCGAGGAUUAAAUGAUAUAUCUUUAUGUGCAAAACAUGCAUCUUCUUUUCGUUUAUCUUCUGAUGCAAAUUCAGAAUAUAGACAUUCAGCUGUUUAUGAUACUAAUAAUAAUAUGUGUUAUAUAUUAUAUAUAUCAGCACAAGAAAAUAUGGGUCCAAGAUACUGUGAUAAAAAUGCAAGUAAUGAAGAUACUAUGUUUUGCUUCAAACCAGAAAAGUCCGAAAAAUUUCAAAGCUUAGCAUAUUUAAGCAAAAACUUAAGAAAUGAUUGGGAAGAAUAUUGCCCUCAUAAAAAUUUAGGAGACUCUAAAUUUGGAUUAUGGGUUGAUGGAAACUGUGAAGAAAUACCUACAACAGUUUCUUUUGAAGCUGAAAGUCUAUUGGAAUGUAAUCAAAUAGUUUUUGAAGCUAGUCCUUCUGAUCAACCCAAAAUUUACGAAGAAGAAUUAAGUGAUUAUGAGAAAUUAAUAAAAGGAGCAAAAGAUAACAAUGCUGAAAUGAUUGGUAAUGUAUUUUUUCCAAAAGGAGCUUUUAAAACUGACAAAUAUAAAAGUAAAGGAGUAGGAUUUAAUUGGGGUAAUUAUAAUAAAGAAACUAAGGAAUGCCAAAUUUUUAAUGUAAAACCAACAUGUUUAAUUAACCAUAAAAAUUUUAUCGCUACUACUGCUUUAUCUCAUCCAACUGAAGUGGAAAAUACAUUUCCUUGCGAUAUUUAUAAAAAAGCAAUAGAAAAAGAAGUAAAACAACAAGCUAAACAUAUGGAAUUACACACUAAUGAAAGAAUAAUAUUCCCAAGAAUAUUUAUAUCUGAUGAUAUUGAAAAUUUAAAUUGCCCAUGCAAUCCUGAAGAAGUAUCUAAUACAACUUGUAGAUAUUUUGUAUGUAAAUGUAUAGAAAGAAUGGAGGAAAUAACAGAAAAUAAUGUAGUAAAAACAAAAGAUGAAUAUUUAGAAAAAAGUUCUAUUGAAGGUGAUGGCAAUAAAAAAAUGAUAGUUAUCAUUGCAAUUAUUGUAGGUAUUGGUUUGUUAGCAGCUGCAUUCUUCAUUUACUUUUUUAGAAAAAAAAAAUCAGAUGAAAAAUAUGAAAGGAUGGAACAAGCUGAUACUUACGGUAAAUCUAAUUCAAGAAAAGAUGAACUACUUGAUCCUGAAGCAUCUUUCUGGGGAGAAGAGAAAAGAGGUUCACAUACUACUCCAGUUUUAAUGGAAAAACCAUAUUAUUAA